AUGGCGGGUGAUUUGAAUUGUUCGAGGAGGCGCCUUCGGGAGGAAGAAGAAGAUCUAGCUACCUAUGGCUCCUCCAGCUUCGGCGAGCAUCGAAACAAACGAGUCAUGUCUGGGACUCCGACAUCUGCGAAGCGGUGGGCCGGGUCCCCAGUGUACCCGUUGAAUUCGACCGCGUCCGACUUUCUCGACUCCGUGGCCCCCGAGAGCGAAAAUCCCCGCGAAGCCGAGGAUACCUGCAUGGACAUGGACGGACAAUCUCCUGAGCUAACCGAUCAGCCGAGCGACGCUCUCGACCCCUUCUCGCUCACAUCCGAUCCCGCAGCGGUGAAUCUAGCCGACCGUGUUCCCACGCCGAUUCAACCUAGAUUCAGGAAUCAAGUGAGGGGUGGUGCACAUUGGGAAGCAUCCGACCUGCACCACCCCAACGGCGUCAACAACAUGGGCCAUCAUCAGUGCGGGUUGGAUUCGUUUGACCAGUCUGUACCGCGCACCACGGAGUCCGAGGAGUGGAACAACGUUCGAAACAGGCGGCUUCCUUCGCCCAUCAGCGAGGGCGAGGAUGGCUCUUCCAACGCGGGUCUCGAUGGCGGGUUCACGACGCACUUGGCGGACAGGCUCGCGUCUCAAGUAUCCAUAUCGAGUCCCGAUGAGAAUCCCGGUGUUGAACCGGGCAUGCCCUUACCUAUCGACGUUGCCGAUGUUCCGACGACCCCCCCACAAAGCCGCCGGGGACACAUCCGAUCACGACAUACGAUCAACUCGUGGACGUGGCAGCCAGGCAUGAAGAAGACGUUUAGUAUGGGAUAUAGAACCGACUGCGAGAAGUGCAGGCUAAAAGUCCCCGGCCACUUUAACCACAUUAUCAUCUCUUAG